AUGUCUAAAGACUAUCGUCGCCAACAAAAAAUUGUCACGAGCCGCGUGCACGUCUUUACAGAGAAUGAAACUGCGCGGACUGUACUGGAGUACUUGAACAUUGCGACAUCGUUUUAUGAUACGUACACGAGACUGCUCGCGGGAAACGAAGGUGUCCAACAAUACAUUGCGCUGGCAGCUUUUGCGGUGCCGCUACUAGACUUUCUCAACAGUGUCGAUAAUCCAAACUUGCUCGGUGGUCGGUACAAGGAGGCCAUAUACAAGAAUUUGAGCGAAUUGCUGGAGCAAAUCGGACGUGUUGACAUUACCGAUAUGACUAGAGUUCUCGGGUCGCUGGGGCUAUCUGAUAAUUCGCCGUCAAGUGCGAGACUACUCGGUCACUCGGGAGACUCUAACCCCAAGCCCAAGCAAGUCGCGAGACCACACGACGACGUCAGAGCACCUAGAAAACGCCCGGUGAGCGACACAGUUCCUGGUGACUUGGGCGAUUCCAUACAACAACCAAACGAGCAAUCUCCUGCGAGAUCACACGACGACGUCAGAGCACCUAGAAAACGCCCGGUGAGCGACACGGUACCCGGUGACUUGAACGAAGUGGACGAUUCGCAGCGCCGGUCAAAGCGAUAUAAGAAUUUUGGCCGGAAUGUGAUAAUAAAAGCUAAUCCGUAA